AUGCGGUGGUAUAUAUUCAGUGCAUUAGCACUGAUUAGUGUCGUAUGCGGCCAAGAAAUUCCGGAGACAUGCCUGUCUGUUGACCCGGAGCCAUACCUGCUAUUUGGAACGAAGACAGCGUACACCUUCUCCAACAGAGGCGUGCCUGUGGUUCGGUCGCAUGAGGUUCCUGGUAAUGUAUUCGUGGAUAUCCCUAAAUAUAAAGGACCGGAACUUUUAAAGCAAAACAUGAAAGUUAGCCAAAGUCAAUGGCGAGGUACUGCGAAUUGCCCCCAAUUACCGUGA